AUGACACCCAAAGUCAGAGAGUGUGGGAUAGCCCCGGCUUUUUUCUCUCCUACCAAAAGUGCGAUCACCCACGACAAAGAAUCGCCGGGAUGUGGGAGUGACCAGGCUUCAGCCAAAUCAGCCAUCAAAAGCCUGGAGGAAGUAUCGCUUGGUAGAUUCAGGAAAUUGAUCCAGAUUAAUGAUGGAUCACUGAUCAUAGGCCUCGUUAAAUCUGAGAAGCCUGCCAGAUGCUCAAAACUCAGACCAGGACAAACUCGCUACUAUCAUUGGCCGUUCUUGGCCACAGGAAAUGAGAGAUACGCAAUCUUCGCAUCAUCUCUGCCAUUAAGCAUACUUGUGAGGCUUGCAGAGGCAUUUACGAGGGGCAUAUGCAGGUCAGACACAUGCCCGAGUAGAAGUGAAAAUGCGAACGGAAAGGCAGCACUGGACAACCACAAAUAUAGUUCAUCUUCGGAGAGCAGAAUAGGAAGAUCCUAA